AUGUAUAAAUGGCAUGUUAAUUCCGCCAUUGGCCGAGGGAGACCUUCAGCCAGUGACUUUUCACGAGUUGCGGAUAGGAUUGCUGCCUCAUUGAGACACUUUUCCGUCUCGACAUCGAGGACGGCCGAGGAUGACGAUGGACCCCGGAUAACCCGCGCUCAAAGAUCAGCGGAUGCUGUCAAAGAAGUGGCCUCCUUGGCUCCUACACCACCAAAAGGCAUCGACGCCCGCUCUCUGGCCGCCAAACCACCCCAACAAGGCUUCACGAUCCGAAGAAUUGACGGUGACUAUGCACCGCGCAGUAGAGGCAGUAAUGGCUACUCUGCACAAAGAGGUGGCGCUGCACGCGGCGCCGCACGCAGCGGAGCUUCAGGGGGAGCUCGAGGGGCAGCUCGAGGUGGAGCAGGAACGAGCGGACGGGGAGGAGCACGGGUUGCUACUCGGGGGAGGAGUGGUGGAAGCCGUUCCAAGCGCUCAGGAGGAGCAGCAGCACAAAAUGCAUCUUCAGCCGAUGCGGAGGAUGUAGAGCCUCCGUUCACCAAGAUAGAAGAAGCAUGGAUCGAAGCCCAUGAGGGAGGUUUCGAGCUCCCUUACAACCCGACUACGAGCCUGGAGUCUCUGAGGAGGCAAGGAGCUUCUGUUAUGACACCAUCGAACCCCAUGGGAGCGGUGGAAUCUCUCGCUCAUAAGAUGCAGGUGGCUACCCACAUGGUAUCGGCCCCUAAUACGCAUAGUGGAGUCCAUCUAGAGAGGAUGGCACGAGGCAGUGGCAGCUUUUUCGAAACCCCCGAGGCAAAGGCAGUUGCUCAGGCUUACUACGAUCAGAAACGACAGGCCGAUGCGGAUAAGCGUGCCGAUAGUGAAGGCAGGGAGAGGAAGAAGAUCCCAUCUCGACCGCUCAAGACGCUUGACACUCUCCCAGAAAAUGUUCGCUCCGCCAUCGCCAAAGCUUGGGUUGCUGGUCAAUAUGCUGGACCAAAACAUGUCGAGACAUCAAAUAUUCUGGGCCAGGUUGAGAUGUAUGCAAAACGUAACGAGACUUAUCUCCCGGAGACCGCGAAAAAGUUCGAGGAGAAGCUAAGAUCACUCCUACCGCCUCAGUAUCAGAAGCCGGAACCAACCCCGGAACCAAAGAAGGUUCAGAAGCCGCUGUAA